AUGAGCCAGCUUCCAUUCCACAUCGAAAGGGGCAGGAAAGUACUCAGAUCACCAGAGAGGAAGCAGGGGUUGGCUGAUGUAACCAGGGAAACGGGUCGAAUUAAAGAAUUUAGGCUGAAUGAUGCUCUUCUCUACUCCUACAUGUACGACUUGCGCUUUGCUCUUUUGACUUGUUUAGUCAUCGGAUUCUCCAUUUGGUGGAUGGCGGUACCAGAACCCUUGCUAGAGAGCCCGAUGGCACUUUGCUCACCCGAUCUAAAAAUGCUGGUGAACGUAGCCAGGGACACAUACGUAAAUAAGGUGUGUAGCACGCACUCCCUUCCAAGCCCAUGCGAAUGCGGGGAACCGCUAAAUAACGCGGCUAGGUAUAUAUUGGAAAAAGAUGAGUUUGACCCAAUCCAUUUACAUCCUAACAAAACAAGAGCUGUCUCAAUAUAUAUUGCUGCUAUUGUGCUAAGCCUGGCUCUUGCUGAAUCCGUGACUACAGAGGGGUUUAGAUGGGAGUAG